AUGGAGAAGGCCAAAAAGGGUACCAAGACACUCGCCGAUUUGCCAGCAUGGUACCGCCGUAUCAGGAGCUCUGAAUGGGAUGACGAAGAUGGAUACCCCUACUUGCCAGAAACUAUUUUUGAUGAGGACAUAUCCGAACUUGGGGAGGAGGAAGAUGAGCAAGAGCUUUGCUUGAAGAGACACUGGUCUGACGAGUGGGAAGGGGGGCAUAAAGUAGGGAUUCAGUUCAUCGGGGAGAAUUAUUUCCGGAUGUUGGUUAGCCGGGACGUUAUCACGAUAUCUGAGCCCGAGCCUCUUCCCGCUUCUGCUCCCGAAAUCUUGGAGUUUGUGGGUAUUGAUGAGGAAAGAAUCAAGGGGAAGGCGGAGAUGAAGAAGUACUAG